AAUUUCUGUUGCUCUCGACUUGAGAGUAUCCCACAUGUGGUGAUGGUGUCCCGGGCGGCGAGGUGUGCUUCUCAAGCGGGCAAGUGGGCACCUGCCGAGAGGGAUCACAAAUGCAUUGGUGCACCGGUCAUGACGUUGGUCUGAUUGCUUCCUCUUCAUCCACAACGAACUUGAUGUCCUGGUGGGGCAAGCAAGUUAGCUCGUCACAGCGUGUGCAGCCUUAAGGCGAAAGACAGCAUGUCAGCAACGAUUCCAUCAUCGGUCGUCGUCUUUCAGGCUCUCAGCCAAACGCAGGCUCCCUCAGCCGCGGUCUUGGAAGAGCUCAAGCAGCAGAGCGGUUUCCAACGGGCCUUCUUUGGUGUGAAGAUGGAGGAACCUGAAACGGGGAUCUUGUGCACCGAGUGGUCCUCCGUCGCCAAAGCAGCGCGCGGCUUAUACUGCUCGUCGUCGCUCGGCGCACACGAGACGCUUGCCUUUGCGGUUCCGCAGGCCUGGAGCUCGGUGCUGAGCGGCCCCUGCACCGAGGUGUUUACGGCGUUUGGUGCCGAGGAUGGGUUCGUGGAGAACGUGCGACGGUUUGUGGGCGCCGUGGAUGACAAUCCGCCUGAGGGUUACAGGGGUGCUGCGGUUGGGGAGGGCGUUGGCUUGACGGAUGGGGAUGGCAAUGGCAAUGGUAACAGGGGGGGUGAGAAUGAAAAGUUGGUGAGAAUGGUUAUUGGGUGGACAAGUAGGGAGGCUCAUUUGGAGGCUAAGGGGCAGCCUGGAGCUAUUCAGGACAAUAUCCACGAGCUGAGGGUGUUGAGGAAGGCCAUCGAUCUGUUUCAUGUCAAGUUUAAGGCUCUGUGAGCAGCUGAUGUGUUUUUGGACAUCCCUUUACUCUUUCUACAGUAAUAGCAGGCUGAUAAUAAGGUAUGGAGCAUCUCGAUGCCGACAAACCACAGAUUGCCGCGUUCUCACCAACCUAUGCACUGCACUCAUGCCUGCUCCACUGCAGUCCAGUGUGUGCAAGGGGAGGUGUUAACAGUGGU